AUGAAGAAGAUCCUCUUUUCAAAAGUAGCGGCCAGUUUGAUGGUUUUGCUGUUCCUGAUGGGAACGUCAAUGCGAUCGGGUGAGGCGUGCCGGCUUCUUAAAGGCCACGAUGGAGGGCGGGCUGGUGAUACGCAGCCGAGUCUAAUUGUUCUCCAGUCCCUGCAAAAGGGUUCGACCCCGUGCACUGGAAACUGCAGCGGCUACACCCCCGGAAGCAGCACCACCGCUAGCACCACCAGCACCAAGGCCUUCGCAGGCCGAUCAGCUGUUGGUGUAUCUCCACCUAGUUAUUCUGAUCGCGCCUCUCGAUCCGGCGUUGCCGCCGAUCGAGUGAGCAUGAUUCAGUUGGAUAGUUCCCAUCUUGAAAUCGGGAAUUGCCUACUAAGGAUCGAUUCCGAAAAAUUGGAAUCGGGACCCGUCUAUUGGUUUUAUGGAUCCACUCGGAAACUAGAUCACCAGGCAGCAACGUGGUGGUCCGCCGAAGGUCCGGUGAGAGGCGGCGGCGGGCGUCGGAGCUCCGGGGAGGGGGACCAGCAGGCCGGCAGAGUCUCGGGUUGCAGCGGGCCGGCGGACGCCGGGUAUUGCAGCAGCGUCACUCGGGGGAAGCUGCGGGCUUCGGGGCACGGCGAAGACAGAGCAACGGCGUCGCGGGAUCACAGCGGCGGGGGUGAGCAGCGGCGUCGGGCAGCAGCUCCGCUGCGGCAGAUCGGAGGUGGAGAUCGGCUGAGGCGCGGUGGGCUUCGUCAGGCUGGUGGAGCAGAUCUGCGAGGCAGCAGCAGUUUCGCGGGGGUGCGGCGAGCUGGCUCGGGAUCUGCUGGGUCGCGGGUUGCAGACGAGUCGGGGCGAGAUCGGCGUUCCGGUGCGGCAGAUCCGGCUCCGAGCGGGUGCGGGGACGGAGGCCGAUGGGGUCCGGCAGCUGCUGCGGGCGAGCGAUGGCAGGAGGAAGCAGCAACGGCAUCGAACUCCGGUGGUGCUGCUGGGCGUCGGCGCUGGGUCGCGGGCGUUGCUCGUGAGACAGAAAGCAGCAGCAGCGACGGCGGACGGAGGCCUUGCAACGGCGAACGGGGUCGCAGGUCGGAGCAGGCGAGGGCGUCGGAGGUGGCUGGCGAAGGCGAGCGGAGCGGUGCCGGCGCAGCGGACGGCGCGGACACGGCCGGCGCAGUCGGGGGGCCCUCCCAAGGAGAUGAACAAUCAAGUGAGGCGUGCCGGCUUCUUGAAGGCCUUAAAGGAGCGCAGGAUGGUACCAGGGAGCCGAGCCUAAUUGUUCUCCAGUCCCUCCAAAAGGGUCCACCCCCGUGCACCGGGGAUUGCAACGGGGAAACUCCUGGAAGCAGCACCACCGCUAGCACCACCGGCACCAAGGCCUUCACGGGCCGAUUACUUGUUGGUGUGCCUCGACAUGGUUAUUCCGGUCAUGUCUCUCAAUAUGGUGUCAAUGCUGAUCAUAAAUAG